AAGCUAUUCAAGACGAAGCUUUGCAUGCUGUAUCAAAGGGGCCGAUGCUCUCGCCCUAACUGUAACUUCGCCCAUGGAGAUGCUGAGCUCCGGCGAUUCUCCGCUAGAUCCUCUUCUUUCAAUGAUGACAAUGAUUUCCUUGUUAUCUUGUGCUCAUAAUCUGCUCAUGUGAAGCUUAUUGCUGAACAAUUGUGGCUAAUAAUUGGUUCCUUUAUUUACCUUGUUGUAGCUCAACUCUUCAAAAGUAAUUUUCCAACAGUAUUAACUAGUAUUUACAGUGGCACCCACAUGCGGAUCAUCAGUGUGAGGCUUAUAUCGUGUGAAAGGUCAAGUAUCUUCUCAGUUGAAGGAUGGAUUUUCUGGUGCUUCUUGUCUGGGCUAUUGGGUUUUUGAUAUAUGUCCCAUGGUUUCUAUUAAUGGUUCCUUAUCACAGCAUUUCUAAAAGAUCAUAGACAUUAUAUUUGCUUCAUGAUUAUCGGAAUGCACGCCGUGUAUUAUUCUCUCUGUAUUACUAGCAGUCAGGGCUCCGGACGUGAUAUAUUGGAGUUCCACUUGCAGGAUUUUAUGAUCAGACCAGAACACAUUUACUGGAUGAAGUGUUCUUUCUUCAUCCUGUCUAAUUAUACUAUUCAGGAAAGGUCUAUACAGUUGCCAUCAGACUCCUUCAUUGCUCCUGAAGGAAGUUACUUCAUCUUCUUAAGGGUUCUUUCAGUGAUCCUAAGGUUCUAGAUGCAUAUUUUUCAUAUAAUUUGUAGCCUCACUAUAUAUGUGGCUAUUUGGAAUUGUCAUGGAAGAAGUACUACUUCUUGUCAUUAUCUUGUAUAGCUCAGGAUCUGGUAGACGGGACUACAGAGCCGGUGACCUGAGAGGUAAACUUGACAGAAGGUAUUCUCCUGAUCGAAGGCAUUCUCCAGUAAGAGAUGCAAGAAGCCAUCGCGCUUUUCAUGUUCAGAGACCACUUUCCCGUGAUAGAGGAAACAGCUUUUCAAGAUCUCCUAUCAGGAGGAGUGAGAGAGAGUAUAGGAGGAAACAACAUGUAGAUGGAGAAAGUGAUCGGUCUGAGAGUCUUAAGGCCUCUGAUGGUGCUGAAAAUCCAAAAAAGCAGGACAAGGUUUCAACAUAUGACAAGAACUGUGAUUUUGAAGAGCAGUUAAAGCAGGUACAGUCAGAUAUUGUGAGGCUUGAAGAGCAUAAAUCCCAACUGAAGAACUUUCUGGAGGAGAAGAUCGUUGAAGAACACAAAUUAUCUGGUAGAAUUGAGGAUCUUGAGAUCCAAUUAAACAAAGAGCAAGAAGAUUGUAAAAGGAUCACCUCCAGAAUUAAACAGUUUGUCAGAGCUUAUGGGCGUUACUUGAAGGCUCAGGAGGAGUUAACACGAUCACAAACUCGCCUUCAACGGUUGGGUGAUCAGCUUGGUUCAGACAUUUCAAAGUCUGGUGCCAAUGAAGAAGAUUUAAGUGUUAACAUUCCAAGUGAUGAGGAUCCAAACUGGGAUAACCGAAGAAGCCCAAGGAAUGGAUCGAAUGAGGAAACUAAACGUGAUGCUUUGUCUGUGAAGAAGAGACCGUAUAUAUUAUCUGCAACCAGUGGAGAAACAAGAGUAGGAAAUUCACAGAAGCGCGGAAGACUUUCUGGUUCGGUUAGUAGAUCAGAAAAGAUUAUUGGGUCCGAGGGACCUGGCCACCUAUCAGAAAAUUAUAACAAAGAAAAAGAAUCAAAGAAGAUGAUUGAGAAGAAUAAAGAAGUUAACAAGUCAAUUUCAGAUGAUUACAAGCGUGUAAAAAAUCAUAAAAGCGGCAAUGUGACUCUAGACAAGAUAGCAGUUAAAGGUUCUGAGGUUAGACGCAUAAGACCUUCAACUAGUAUUGCCGCAAAUGCAGUAGAUGAGCUUUUUGAAGCAAAUGAAAUGGAGGACAGAUCUGAGGCCAUGGAAGUUACUGCAGUUUAUGACGAUAACAAAACCGACACAUCUUAUAUGCCACUACCCCCACCACCUCCACGUAUCGAUCUGAAUGCAUACAAACAGUAUGAAGAUGAUGAUGAGGAUGUGGAUGUGGAAAAAGUUGAGAGUGAGAUGUUAGAUUUUGAUCUCAACGGCGAGGUAGAAAUCGAGUAAGCUGCUAAGAGUGCCAUGUAUGUUGCCAGUAUAUGUAUCUUAGGCCUGGCAAAUUUUUGCUUGGUUCAUAAAUUAUCUACUGGCAAACAAUUCGGAGCAGCUAAUGAGAAAUCGGGUCAAAUUUGUUAGCUAUCGGAUGUAUAGUAUUGCUUUCAUGCACUUGGUUUUGUUUGGCGAAAAUGUAGGUUAUUAUCAAUUUUGAUGUGAAUGUAAUGUAGGUUACACAAUGUUAUUGUGUAACUAGUAUGAACUUACUUGUUAGCAGUUGGAAGGCUCAAUAGCUAGUGAAGUAGAGUUUCUAUCAAGUGAGAUGGAAUUGUUCUUA